CAAAGAGUUUGAGACGAGGGGCGGAUCGAAGCCGUACAUUGUCUACAAAAUUACUGUACAAGCAGCCGUCCGCACAUGGAAUGUAUGGCAUCGCUACUCCGAGUUUGUAACUCUGCAUCAAGAUCUCACAACUGAAAUGUCGUCCCCCCCUCCUGCCUCUCUUCCGCCAAAGAACACAUUUUCUGUCCUCUCGUUUGGUCGAACAAAGGAUGGGAUGUUGGAGGAAAGAAGAGCCGGCCUCGAAACCUAUUUGCGUGCCAUAUUGUCGAGCAAGGAUCCCAAGUGGAGGGAUACCUUGCAGUUUCGAGAUUUUAUUGGCGCACCGACAACAAAGAUCGAAUCGUCUUUCUCCACAUCUGGCAGUCACUUCACGAGUUCGUCCUGGCUAGACGAACACGCGGAACUCCAGACACUUGUCAGAGACAUCCGUGCCGAUCUCAAUAAAAGGGAUGCGCUUGCUUUGCAUAAUGAGGUGGCCGCCUCGCACACUUCGAAUGUCCAGGGGAAGAAAAAGCUUGCCACUUUGGUGUCACGUUUGGAUGUCCUUUCAAAAGGGAUAGAUGGGCUUGCCUUAGGGGGCCUCGCGGAAGGAGAGGUACUUCGGCGUAGAGACAUGGUGGCGCGCCUCCAGGAUGAUGCAGCGAGUUUGGGGAAAAUGGUAGUAGCCGCUCGACAGCCUGGAGCCUUGGCCGGAGCAGCAAAUGCUCCACGGCCAUGGGAGCAAGGCGCUGCGGAUCUCAACCCGGCAUCGCAAUCAGACAGGAAUGCCCUUCUCUCGAUGCCGGGUGCCUUCGGCGAGCCAUCUUCUGCACGGCCAGUCGGAAGGGUGUUUGGCAAGAGAACGCCACCCCAGGAAACGGACCAGACACGACCGUUUGAUAACACAGGUCUCAUGCAACUCCAACAAGUGCAAAUGGAACAACAAGAUCAACAGAUCAGCCAAUUGUUCGCCGCUGUCCAUCGCCAAAAGCAUUUAGGAUUGACAAUCAAUGAAGAGAUCGCAUACCAAAACGAACUGCUCGAUCAAUUAGCUGCAGACGUUGAUAAUACUGGAGUACGACUGACGACAGCUAAGAAGCAAAUGGGGAAACUCGGUUGAUCUGAAGACCUUUGGAUUUCUAAUUUAUUGUUAUUCCAAUAGUGCACGCAUUUCUUGGCUAUAUUCAGACAUCCCAUACCCGAAUGCACUGACAAUUCUUUGACUAAGCUUAAAGGCAAAUGUAAUCAGACUGAAUUAUGACUUGU